CUUACGAAUCCUGGAAUUCAUGAAUUCGAUCCUAACCAAGACGAAAUUUGGCAAGAUAACUACGUUGGAGACCUGUAUGGUAACUGAAUUCUUUUCCUAACGUGGUACAUAUAAGGAAGGUAGAGUUGUAGCUGCAUUACCAGUUGUGUGCAGUAUACGCUGUGUUUAAAAUACUUUGCGAAUAAUAUACCUGUGACGCAAAAAUGAUAUCUUGCAAGCAAGAUUAUUUUAUUACUAUAUCGAACUAUAGGAUUUGGUGCAACUGGAAAGAUGCCACUUAAUAUUUAGAAGAUUUCAUUUUCACUCCAAAACAACAAAAGCAUAUUUUGGCAGCGUAUACAAAAGAUAAAACGUAUUGAAAAGAACUUUAUUUUUGGUUAUAGUCGGUCAGUUCAGAGAAGCUAUUAGUUUGUGUGGCGAGGAUCAUUUCUGGACAGGAAAUCAGGACGGCCAAGAAAAAGCGAGAGCUAACCUCAGGCGAAAAAUAGAUGCAACCACGGCAGGGAUUUCUACCUAUGGAAAGUGCGGAAGGUUUCAUUUUGUUAUAAAGGCGAUCGAGGUCUUGGAAACACAAUGA